GAUAAGUACCAUGACAGUGUACAGCCCGCAGCCAUCGGCACGUGCCGACUGCCAUGGGGUUCGAUAUACAUAGGAGUCUCUGGGACUACAACAUAGGUAAGUCAUCUCUUCAUUCUCAACUGCCACCAUCUCAGUAUGUCUCAUUUUAACGAGGAUUCAUAUCGUCUUCCGGAGGGCAUAAAGCGGAUUGCAUAUGAUGCUGAUACCCAGCAGUACACUUUCCGCGACCGCUCCGGUCAACUUUACCAGAAUCCCUCAGGAGAGACGUAUGGUGUUCUGAAACCUGUGUCAGCACCGUCCGCUCCUCGUCGCAGUGUGACCAUAACAGAACGCAGAGACCCUGCCCUCAUUCGUGCUCGCUCUGUCAAGCGCCCCGCAAAGACCUUCGAUGACUUCCUUCCCCGAGAAUACAUCACCAGCGCGGAGGAUUCCAAUUCUACACCCGGCUCUCCCAGCGAAGAUAUCCCGCGGGUGAACAGGAAUCGUACGCUACCAAAGGUCCCAAGAAUUGCGAAGGUUAUGCGGGCAAUGUCACCUCGCGAGUCGGAAGAUGAUGAUAAACACUACUUACUCGACGAUUGCCCUGCCAGUCCCACCUCAUACGCGACUCACGAUGAUGAUGAGAAAGGGUUGAGUCGCUCAAAUUCUAACGCGCCGUCUUUUUUGUCAUUGCCUAUGAUCGACACACAUAUUAAUUUGUCCAGUAUGAAUCAAACCUUUGUAUGAUUGUAAUUUGUCGGAAUCAUUGUAUCAUAUUUGUAGCACCACUGGACCAUUUUUGGAUAGGGACUGGUAAAAAAUCAAGUUCGUUUGACCUGGUGCUGACGUAUCUGUCCCGCUCAGCAUGUAGCACACAGAUUAAAGUGAUCAAGAGUCG